AUGAGGACCACCACAGUCAUUAUCAUCAUGAGCUGUCGCGUGAAGGCGGCCAGCCUGGACGGGCUGUGGCAGCAGCAGCUGGUGGCGCAGUGGCUGGCCAGCCAGAGCCCCUUCGCGCCCCACCAGCAGCUCCACCAGUCGCCGCCGCCGCCCCCGCUGCCCCCGCAGCACCAGUCGCCGCCGCCGCCCCCGCGCACCACGCCCAGCCCGCGCCGCCAGCAGCAGCAGCAGCAGCAGCAGCAGCGCGCCCAGGCGCCGUCCACGGCCGCGUCGUCGUCGUCGACGCCGCCCAGGCCGCGCUCGCGGCCCCAGACGCCCAAGUCCACGUCUCCGGGCGCCGCGCCGCACUCCAGGGCCGCCUCCGGUGAGUCGGACACGCCGGGGGCUGCGGCUCUACACACUCUGGCGGGGGCGCCGCCCCCGGAGGCGCUGAUUCUGCAGGUGCCGCAGUUCGCGGCGCGGCCCGCCGUGCAGCCGCCCCCGCAGUACUCGGCCUUCCACCCCCAGCUGCAGCCGCAGCCGGUCUUCCACCACCACCAGCCGCCGCCGGCCCCAGGGCUCGCGCACCGCGCCCACGACGACGAAGAGGCGCGCGGCUCGGGGGUGGGCAUGGAGGCGGUGCUCGCCGCCUUCUCGGCCGCCUCCGCCGCUUACAGCGCCGCCGCGCUCGCCGGCCGGCCGCCCUCCGCCUCCGCCGCCCCCGCCGUCGCCCCGGGAGCCAAGGCCGCCGCCGCCGUCGCCGCCGCCGCGGUGGCUGCCGCCGCCGCCGGGGGCGGGGCGGCGCUGGGGGCGGUCGGUCGCCCGGUCCCUCCCCCGCCGCCGCCCCCGCAGCCGCACAGGCAGCUGCAGCCGCCCCCGGCGCUGGACCCGGCGGCGCUGGCCGGCUCCAUCGUGGGGGCGGCGUACGGCGCCGGGGGCGGCGGGCUCUUCGGCGUGGGCGCGGGCGUGGGUGUGCCCGGCGUCUUCCCGCCGCCACAGCACCACCACCAGCAGCAGCAGCAGCCGCCCCCGCAGCCGCCCCCGCCGCCUUCGCAGCCGGAGCCGCCGCCUGACACCGCCAGGGGCUUCCAGCAUCAGGGUACGUCGCCGCUGCGCGUGGCGGACGAGAAGCAGACGCAGACGACGCCGCCCGUGUCGCCGGCGUCGCCCGCCCCCGCCGCCCCCGCUGCGCCCCAGCAGGCGCCGCUGCGCCAGUUCUGCCCCCCGGCGGCGGCGUCGUCGUCUUCGUCGCGCGACUCGCCGCUCAUCUGGGAGAUCACGGACGACGACCAGCUGCACGACCCGCCGCCCCCGCGGCCCCCCGCCCCCGCGUCGCCGCAGCAGCAGCAGCAGCCCGCGGCGCCGCCCCCGGCCCCCAGACAGGGAGGCGGCGGCAAGGCGGCGCGGCCCGCCAAGUCGCUGCGCGGCAUCGAGGCGAUCGCGGCGUCGCUGAUGGAGCAGAAGGCGGCGGCGCCGUCGCCCGCCCCCACGGCCGGGGAGGCGGCGUCGCUGUCGCUGCCGGCGCUGCUACUGUCGUCGCCGCCGGCGCCCGCCUCCGGCCUGCUGCUGGACCUGUCGGCCCCCGGCGCCGCCCCCGGGCGCCGCGCGGCGCGCUCACGCGGCAAGGCGCGGCCAUCGCGCUCGGUGCCCCCCGCCGCCGCCCCCGCCGCCGCCGUCGACCUCCGCCGGCGGCAGCCCGAGCCGGCGGGGGCGGGCGACGCCACCCCCGUGGUGACGUCGGCGCGCGCCGACUCCUCCAGCGCCACCGACCUGCCGGAGAGCCCGCAGGCGUCCAGGGGCGCCGCCGAGGACGCCCCCGCCGCCCCCGCCGAGGCGGACAGCACGUCGGACCCGGCGACAGCGGCGGCGGCGGCGGACGAGUCGGAGGUGGGCGCCCUGCUGGAGGGCCUUGUGUCGGCCGUGGUGUCUCUGCAGCUGGGCGCCGAGCCGGCCGCAGACCGCUGCCUCGCGCGCGCCUUCUCCCAGCUGGACGUCGGCCCGCCGGAGGAGGAGGAGCGGGCGGCCACCGCGGCCGCGGCGCCGCCUUCGGAGGCGGAGUCGCAGAGUCCAGCCGACGGAAACCACCCCCCGGCCGCGCCGGCCGAACCUCCCCAGACCGCGCCGGAGGCGGCGGGCGAUCCCGGCGGCGACUCGCCGGAGGCCGCCGAAGAUGGCGGCCGGAGGCAGCAGAGGGCGGCGGGGGUGUGCGCUGCCGUGCAGACGCCCACCUCGCUGCUCUCCGCCGACGCCUCCACGUCCGACGCGUGCCCCGACACAGAUAUCUUCAGACAACCUUUUGCGGCCCCCGAAGGUGUCCCAAACUUGUCGUUCAGAGCGGCAGAUUCUCUCCGUGGGGCCCAUUGCUUGGACAACGACUUAUCACAAAGUGACGCGGACGACCUACUGCUGCGGCCACCGUUCCGGCCGGCACCACGGACGGCCCCGCCGGAUGAUGCGGACCAGGUGGUGCCGGCAAGCCCCCGGCCGGCGCGUGACGCCACGGUGCCGUUCUGCUACGGCGGGCGCCUUCCCGCCUCCAUCUACUACGCGACGGGGACUCGUGUGACGAGGCCGCAGUGCGUUGCCGGCCUGGUGCUGCCCGAUAUCUUAAACGACGUGGCGGGAGCUUCCCCGUCACCCCCGGCCCCGGACGCGGAAUCUGAGUCGGAACCGGACGUCGAGACUGACGCGGAAGCUCCGGAGCUGGGCGUGGGGCGUGACGUCGUCACGGGCAUUCUGUAUGACAUUGUGAGACAGUCCACCAGUGGUCAGAGCUCGCACCAAUCACCGACACGAGACGACACGGCAAUGGAGGCGGAGGAACUCGCAGAGACAGAGGAGCGACCGACGGAACCGGACGAUAGGACAACGGAUCCGGAAGAUCGGCCAGCGGAUCCGGAAGAUCGGCCAGUGGAACCGGAAGAGCAGCCGACGGAACCGGAAGAGCGACCGUCGGAACCGGAGGAGGGACCUGCGGAGGCAGAGGAGGGACCUGCGGAGGCGGGACCAGUGGAGGCGGAGGCAGCGGCAGCGGCGGAGGGGGCACCGGCGGAGGCAGAAGCGGAGGACCCGGUGCCUCUCUCACCGUCAUUGGCAGCUGGUGCUGAGGGUGCAAGUGCAGUACCUGAGGAAGAGCCUGCCAGUGUAAUCCCGUCCGAGAAGGAAGAUCGGGAGCAAGAAACUAAAACUGAGACCGAGGAGGGAGCGGCACAGAAUAAUGCCGAGGAGGUUGUGCGAGGCGUGGCUGAAGAGGAUUCCACAGGUGCGGAAGUUCCCGACGCCGUUCCCGAGGGAGAGAACGCGGCCUCGCGGUCGCCGAGGUCCCGCGAGGAAGCGGAGCGGUCCCCGCGCGACAGUCCGGUGGAGACGGCGGCGCCGACCUCUGCCGGCGAGGAAAGUACACUGACUGCCGAGAGCGGCGAGACGGGCGACCGGGGCGACAGCGAAAUGGAUGUCCGCAAGGAGGGGGACAGCCUGCGCUGCAGCGUGCCACUCGAGAAGGUGCCGCAGUUUGACGCGGCUGCAGUAGUGCAGGCAGCAGACGCAGACAAGUCGGAGCUGAAAAAGUUUCAGUUCCGCAUGGAGCCGACACACCGCACACCGAAGGGAUUCCUGUGCGAGGUGUGUUCGACGGUGUACAAGCGCUCGUUCAGCUUGAAGCGCCACUACCUGCGCUGCCACGUCAGCGUCUGCUACCUGUCGGAGCGCGACGUCGCGAACUGCGGCAUCGCCAACCCUUCCAAGGCCGGGGCACCGCUCUCCUACGCCAAGGCCCCGGGCAGUGUGGAGUGCCCCGGGAUGUACCGCUGCCACACGUGUGGCGACUGGUUCGACGACAGACUGACCGGCUUGCGGCCGCACCUGCUCGACCACCCACAGCCGACUGCUGCACCACCGACGGACGCAGGGAAGGGAACGAACCCCAAGCCGGAUACGAACGGAGCGUGCACAGGUGCGGAAGCGCAGGGAGACCUGUCGAGUGCGGCGACAGUCCCCAGUGGUGUGGAAGUCGCGGUUCAACCCAAAGUGGAGAUCGUACCCAGAUUUCUGUGUCUCUAUUGUGAUAAGAGGUUCGUAACGGGGCCGCUGUGCCGCCGCCACCAGAGGAGGGUGCACAUCGCCCGCGAGAACGCCGUCCGCCAGAAGCUGUCAGCGGCAGCUACGCCCGCCGUGUCCGAAGCGAACGCGAGUAAAGGAGCUGUCGCGAGUAAAGGUGCCGCCGCGGGUAAAGGUGCCGCCGCGGGUAAAGAACCCGUCGCGGGAAAGGAAGUCGCGACGAGUAAAGAAGUUCCCGCGGGUAAAGAAGUCGCCGCGGGCGAGGCGAAACCCGGGGGUGCGGCGGAGGCCCCAGACGGGACUGCCGCCCCGGCCGCGAAGAAGGAGGUCCGUCCCCGGCAGCCGCGCCCCCACCAGUGCCCGUACUGCGCCGGGGGCGGCACCGUCUUCAAGGAGCUGGCGGCACUGGUGAGGCACUACCGGAGGCGGCACGCGGACCGCUACCACGUGUGCGCACCCUGCGCCACGCGCUUCCCGACGCGAGACGAGUUGGAGGCACACGGCGUCGAGAAGCACGGCAGGAGGCCGCGCUCGUUCCGAGCAGAGGCCAGGGCUGCUGCCAAGGCCGUGUCCUCGAGUGCCGGGGACUCUGACUACCAGACGGCAGGUUCCUCGUCGUCGGCGCCGGGCGCCUCCUGCCAGAAGCAGAAGAAGAUCAAGAAGCUUCCCGUCUCCGUCUUCACCACUACCACCAGGUACGGCAGUGGAAGGUCGAUGACGGAACAGUCUUCGGCACGAGCUGUCGAGGUGGAACUGGCAUUCUUCAGCAGAGUGUCGGACAACAUUCGCUACAACCUGCUGCACCACCUGGACGGCAAGCUGGAGUGCUCGGCUGCUGACAGAGACGUCAAGUGUGUGAAGACGGCUGCCGACGAACGCCGGGAAUCCGCUGCGGAUGUGGGCUCUGCCGGUGGCGAAGGGUGUCCGGAGUCUGCAAACUCGGGUGCAAAUACGGGAAAGAUCGACACUGCCGUGCUGGCGCUACCCACCGUUCGGAAAGCGCCGACCUCUUUCUACCUGUCACGGCUGGACAUCUCGACACAACUGGCGAUGGGGCGCAGCAUGGAGAGGCCACCCGCACCGUCGCCACCGCGAUCGCCUUCUCCGGACGACGUGCCACUCGCGGGUCGGCUCGCACGGAGCCGUGCGGCACGCGAUCGCACCGCGGCCGAUGUCGACUUCCACGCGGGGCUCAAUCUCGUGCGGAAUGCUGCAGGGUGCAGUCUCUCUGUGGAACCCUUGGACAUUCGGACGGUAAACGAAGAUACUGCCUCUGUGGGUGAGACAGCUGCCCACCCACUGUCCGCAUCCGCCCCUCCGACACCUACCGAAAAGGUGUGCGGGGGCGGCGACGUGCGGGUUCUGCGGCGGAGCGUCUCGGAACGGGUGGUGGCGGAGGAGGCGACGGCAUCGGCAGCUUCCCCGCUGUCGCCGGAGGACGGGCGCGGGCUGGUGCUGAGUGGGGAAUGGGUGCGGCCGCGCAGCUACGUCUGCAUCGCCUGCUCGCGCAUCUUCCCGGACCUCUGCGAGCUCGAGGAACACCACGUGGCAGCACACCCAAAUGUCAUCUGCACCCACUUCGAGCUGGAGGGGCAGAGUGAAGUGGUGGACGGACCGUCAUCGGCGGGCCUGACCGCGUACGACCUGUGCAGACGCCACCUCGGUGCACACUGCGCGUACGACCUGAGGGUCAGCGGUGCGGGGCCCGACAAGCCGGAGGAGGGAGUGAGGACGAGAGCCGAUGCCCACAAAGAGGCAGCAGAGAAGAAGGGAACGAGUGCAGGCACACUGCCCGAGCCGCGCUGCACAAAGUGCGGCCGCACGAGCUUCUUUGCACAUCCGGAGUUCCACAGGCACAUCUUGGAGUGCGGCGGGGACACCAUGUGGCUUUCGAGUCCGGGUGGGACGGGAGCCAGCGGCGGAGGUAAUGGCGGGCGGAGACGACGCAAGUGGCGCACGUUCGGCAGCAGGAGGCGUCGCGGCGGAGGCGGGGCCGGCCGAGGCGGGUACCGGCGGAGUGCGCCUGCGACUCCCACGCAGUCGGGGGUGGGCGCGGGCCACCGCGGGAGCUCGCACUCUGGCAGCGGACGGCACUUCUUGAGCGGACACCACCAUCGCAACCGACACAACCGCCACCUACAACACCAGCACCACCGACACCUGCACCGCAAGGCUGGCGAUGGCGAUACGAUUCGUCGCAUGCUCGCCAACCUCCCCGCGAAGAGAUCCACUCGGAGGAUGAUACAAUUUGAUGACAUCAGGACGAGGACCCGUACCAACAUUUUGAUGCAAGCUCACCUGAAUCGCUACAAGCACCUGAACCGCCGCAUCGUGACCAACGCGUCGUGCUCGUACGGUCUGCGGGUCGGCAUCCAGACUCUGCCGUCGGUACCGUUGCCGUCACCACCGCCGCCGCAGCCUGCCGCGAAAGAAGAGCGGCGGCGACCUGCGAACGUGGCGAGAGGGCAGCAGCCUCCGGCGUCUGCCCCGUGGGAAGCGGCUCGGUCCGGGUCGCCCCUCGCGAGGAGCACGACGCCUGCCGGCCGGCGCAGCCGCAGCCUGCUACUGCAGGACGCUGGAGCGCCCGACAUCCACCGCCGUAGGAGCUCACUGCCACCUCCCGAGCGUCCGGAGACACCGAGCAGGAACACACGACAGGCACUGCAGAAAGCUAGCUCCGAGAAGGUGCCGCUACCGCUGUUGGACUCCAACCAGCAGGGGCCGACCACCAGGAACAGGAGUUUCCCGGGACCGCCACCUCUCCCUCCUCCGGCCGUCCCAGAACUGGUGACACCACAAACUGGCACGUCACGUCCACAGACUCCGAGGCCGAAAACACCCGUUUCGAAUGCCCAGCCCGUCACUACCAGGGCGCAGACGCCGAGGCCGGCGAGUCCCGUGCAACUGCCAAAAUUGAAGACGCCCGUCAAGAUGUCAGCACCGAAGUCCACACCCGCCGAUUCGGAAGUUCCGCGGGCACAGUCGCCGAGCCCUCGGCGUGGGAACCGACCGAAGUCGGCCCCGGUGCCGGACCCGCGCCCACAGAAAUCGACCGCCGACUUGCCACACGUCCCGGUGCUGAGAUCCCGCGCGUCACGUCUCUCGCUCGAUUUGGGCCGACGAGAUGCUGCCGCACACUCUGUUGGGACGCCACCUUCUUCCCCUGCGAAGGUGAAAAAAUCGGUGCCUCCAAAAGGCAGAGCGGCUCCGGAGUCGGAGAGUGAGGAGGAGAACGAAACGAAGCUGCACCAGACGCGGAGCAGGGCAAAACAGCAGACUGGAGUACCCGAAUGCGGUUCUCACAGUACCGACAUCCUGCAAGCUGGAAAUAUGGUGUCUGCAACUAAGGGUACUGAGACGAUGACCAGAGGAAGUGUUGUAGAGACUGUAGAUCCAGAAAUCCAUAAGACUGACAAAAAGACUGAAUACGCAGCUUCUGACAGAGAUACUGAGCCUCUCGUGCAGGCAUCGAAGCAAAAGGUUCAGAAAGGGAAAUCAAAUAAGAAAGGACACGGUGAAUCGAAUGAUGUGCCACCUGUAAGUAGUGUGGUUGCACCUGCUGUUGUGAAGAGUGAAGAUGCAAAACCAACUAAGGGGAACAGGAACAGAAAUAGUGGCAGAGCAUCUGACAAUGUGACCGUCACAAAUAAGAAAGGCCACGGCGAAUCGAACGAUGGCCUGCCUGCAAUUUGUGUGGUUGCACCUGACGUGAAGAGUGAAGACGUAAAAUCCACUAAGGGGAACAGGAGCAGAAGUAGUGGCAGAGCACCUGACAAUGUGACCCUCACAACUGAGGAAGGAGGAGCUGAUGUGAAGACUGUUCCCAAAGUGGAAUCUUCACCAAACAGGAAGAAGAGUAGGACUCCAUCCAAAGGCAAAGUAACUUCAACCACAGUCUCCACCAGCAAUAGUAGCAGAAUGAGUUCAGCUCCAGAAGGGUCAGAGUGUGACAGCGGCAACGUUAAAACUCGGCAAGGCGUGGAACUCGAGGCUUUGCAGUGCAUUAAAACUGAACCUGUGGACGAUGUGACAGUUGAAGAUCUCACUCGGCUCAUUACUGCCGAGAAGCAGUCGCCCGACAGGAAAGUUUCGAAGUCGAAGAAGCCUCUAGGGGAAACUAAAGUGGUGAAAUCUCUUGCAGAAUCUGUGUCGGAUGUCGAAGUGAGCUCACGCGUAAUCGCUCCUGCGACUAAACACGGCGGAAGCAGUCGGAAGAAGGAGUCCUCCCGACCAAAGUCACUGGUGUCGAAAAAAGAAAAUGUAAGUGUAUCGGCUACGGAAACUCGUGUGGCUGUUGUUGUCAAAUGUGUGAAGAAUAACUCAAAAUCCAAGAAACCUCAGUUACUCGAGAAGAUAGAGAACGCUAAAGUUGAUAUUCCAGCAGAGGUAGAAAGCUUACCUUCAGAAAAUAUUGUGCUGUCUGUAGACGAGGAUACUGUGAAUGACGAUGAUGACGCCGAUGCCGACGAUGACGAUGACGAUAGUAGUGAAAGUGACGACGAUGACACCGAUAGCGAAGAUGACGACUCUGAGGAAGGGGAGGUUAUCGGUAGAACGAGAUCUGAAAGAAAUCCAGAUGGUACGAGAAUGUUCACUGUCACUCACAGGCUUCGUGCAAUGCCUAUUAUUAGAUUCAAACCGAAGAGCAUCAAAAAGGUUUCUAAAAAGAAUGUACAAGAAUCACCUGCAAAUCAGAAAGCUGAAGCGGUUCAGUCCAGUACUCCGACACGCAAAACUCCCGACACUCCAGCAUCUGGAAAGGCGAGUGGGGCGAAGAAAGUAAAAAGCAAAGUGAAAACACCAUCAGCAGAAGGACCCGGGGUGAGUGAAAUUUCAGGAAAUAGCGACUCGGUAGGCUGUCAGGAGGGCAGUGAACCUGCAGCUUCUGGCGGAGACGUGCCGGCACCUCCGGCAGGUGCAAAAUCUCCUCCCAAAAAGCGUAAGAGCACUCCGAAGACAAAAUCUACAAAAGAAGUGGAAACAAAAGGUAACACAGUUGGAGAAGCUGAUGUGGACCUUACUCCCACGAAGAGACGGGAGCCAGAAAUAUUGGACGGUGAUGUAGUGCCUGACGAUCUCGCCAGAUAUGAGCCUAUCGUUCUUUCCGAAAGUGAACGUGAACAUCAUCUGGGAGGAAAAGGAGAGGCAGAACAAAAGUUAUCGAAGAUCAGUGACAGAACGAGGCAGAAAAUAGGACGUCUGAGUAAAGGUGACAGUCCAGAAGGCAGUACGGAUUGGAGACUAUCUGUUGACUCAGUAAGUAUUUUGUUACCUGAAAUGGACAGUAAUGCCGAUUUGAAAGUUUUGGAAAGUAAAAACCAAAAAACGCUACUCGAUAGUAGUGUGCCUACGACAUUAGGUGAAGUUUCUGUAACUGCAGAAAGUAGUGUGACAACUCCAAAACUGAAGGGUGUGAAGUUGUCAAAGAAGAAGAAGGCAGGGCGACAGAAGAGUCUUCUGGAUAGCCCGGUUGUUGCAACUGCAGAGCUCGGCAGUCAAUCAGUUUUGCUGCCGUACCCUCUGGAUAGCGCAGCUGGUGACAGCGAAAGAAAAGAGAAAGAUGAGGUGAUCACCGAUGCCAUUGUUAAAGCCUCCCCGACAGAGUCAAAAGCUCUGAACCAAAAAAAGACUACCUCUGUGACAAAUUCUCCCAUAAAACGGGAUCCACUAAAAACCACUCUAGAGAGUAUCGACGGUGACGAAAAAUCUACUUCGAUAUUUUGCGACACUGUUCAGAAAGCUCUGACAGCCGAGGUGAAAAUUGUGCAACGGAAGAGGACUUCAUCUCUUACAGAUCUCACUGCAGAAAUUGAUACACCAUUAUCUGCUACAGGUGGUGUCGUAGAGUGUAACGUAACUGAAACUGGCCAUAAAGAAAUCUCUGAGAACAGCAGAAAGAAGCAGCAGAACAAGACCAAAACAAAACAGAAACGGAGUGCAUCUGCUACUGCUGUUGUCGAGAAACUGGAACCUCGCACAUCCACCUCUGUCAGUGUGGAGCGAGUUGUCACAGUGGCAGACGUGACGGAUUUGAUUGCUGACGGUAGUGGUAAGUCCCCGAGCAAGUCAAAAUUGAAACGCAGGAGAGCUGCCUCUGCCUCAAAAGCCUCGGAAUCACAAACCGCACCGACAGACAAUACGGUGAAAGUGGUAGACGGUUCAGUCGGUGCGAUAGCUAAAAGCUUGCCAGAUACCUUGAAGACUUCCAAACAGAAGAAAACCUCUUCCACUGAAAAUUUGACUGAGAGAUCUGACACUGGUGCACCUGUUGUCAGUGAUUUACUAGAACAAAAUGCACAGAUUUUCCCAAGAAGUCCAGCUGUUGAUUUCAGUGAGAAAAUAGUCCCGAGUAAGCCAAAAACUUCUAAACGGAAAAGGAACUCUUCCGUUACAAAGCCUGUCCCGACAUCAAAAUUAGUGGCGGAUGCUAUCGACAGUGAGGUAAUACAUUCCGUGAAGGAAGAUACGACAGAACAUUCCACAAAUGAAAGGACACCGAAUGGAAUUGACUCUGUUAAGGAAGAUGUGGGGACACUGCCAGAAAAUUCUGGGCACAAAUCUGCCUCCGUUAAGAUGUCUGCAACAUCUGACUCGAUGCCAUCUCUUGCGGACAGUGGAAAGGAAAACACAGAUGUGACAGGAGAAGCUAUAAAUAUUGCUGCAAAAUCGAUGCCGAGUACUUCUAAAAAGAGGAGAAAUGCAUCCGGUGCUAGAAAGUCCAGGAGAUCUACUUCUGCAGAGGUGCCCGUACCAGAGUGUGGUGCCACAGUGGCCGAUGCGGCAAUGUGUGCCGAUACUGAAAAUGAGGAACUUCUCGAACCUCGGGCACGGUCGUCAGAAGUCAGUGUCUCCGAUAGUGAGAGUGGCGUGAAAGAGCACGGGAAGUUGGAGGUGAGCACUGUAACCACAGUGAUCCCCAAUGGGAGCCCUGUUUCUGCAGACGAGGUGCACUCCGAGAAGGGUCUCAUCUUGGCCGCCAUGAAGGUUGCAAUGAUGGGUGCAGAGGUUCGACCGUCUGCGACAGUUGACGAUAGUGAGAACGUGCACGGGAGUUCGGGCGGCGGGAAAACUGCACGAACCGGCACCGGCCGGGGUACGACUCGGUCUGAGGCUGACGGGAGGAACCUCUGCGACGAUCGGCGGAAGGUCUGCCGGCAGUGCGGUCGCGACUUCACCUCGAAUUCCUCUUUCUGGAAACACAUCCAACGGCACUGCACGAGCCCGUGCCGGGUUACUCUGGCACCCGUCUCGUGUUCUGAUGUAGGAGGCCCCCUACAGGUCGAGAGCGGCCGUACUGGCAGAGUAAACGACGUAAGCAAUUCGGCGGAGGAAGUCCGAAUCGCUGUCGGAGACUCCGGUGUCGGGAUUUGCACCGCAGUUGCCGACAUUGCGAAAGACUGUGAAGGUGUGGCAGAAGUAAAAAAUACGGAAGACGGAAAGGUUAGCAGUUCUGGUGACAGUGGUCUAGACGGAGAAGAUGCCAAUAUUUUUGUGCCGGAAAGUGUCGAUGUAUCGGAGGUGAGUUCUACGAGUGUAACGACAGAAGGGGAACAGGUUGAGAGUACGCACGUGAAGGAAGUAAACGGCGAGGCCCCGGAAACCUACGAGGUUAGCGCCGAGCGUCCGGAUAGCAGAGUUUCGGAGGAUGCCGACGAGAUGCCUCUCGCCCGACUCCUCACCGGUGAACGCAUAGUGUCUCCUGAAGUGUGUAAUUUACAAGAAAAUGAAGGAAAAUCAGAUUACCGGCCGUGCAGUGUGACAUCGGAGGAUGCGGAGAAGGCACUGAGUGUAGCUUACAGAGUGGAAGCCGGAGGUAGAAUUUGCUUGACAAUUUCUUCCGGUGCAGUUACCGGUAAAACGUCGGGCGACACAGUUAGCUCCGUUGCCACCGACGUGACGGUAGACGUUUCACAGGGAGUGCCCUCUGACGAGUCACUGUCGUCCUCCGAAGAUAAGGACAGUGGCACCAAGGAGCCAGGCUCGACAGAAGAAAGUGAAACGGUAGAAGAGAGUAGCGAACAGGAUUUGUCCAAUACGUCAAAGUCGGACGGUGUCAGUGACUUCAAUGGAGCGAUAACACGAGCAGAAAUCGGUGAAGAGGAUUUGCCCGGGAGACCAAAGGUGGGCAGUGUCGAUGACUCUGACGGAGUGGUAAAACGCGAAGAUGAUUUGCCCGGUAGUUCAAAGCGGGAUAGUGUCAGUGACAGUGUGGUAACACAGUCAGUUUCAUCUGCAACGAGUGUAGUAGCUUCGGAGGGGGACAGGUGGAGAAGUUUGGCAGAUGUGACGGAGGCAGCUCUGGGUCGGACUGAACGUGAAGAGGUGGAGGCUGCAGACGGCUCAGUGGAAAAGGCAGCAGAUGAAGAACCACCACCAGAUGGAAACGUCAGUUCUGACUGUUUUAAGGAUGCCGACAGGGACAACAGCAAUCUCGAUCCCGUCAUCGAAUCGCCAGAACAGACAGCAGUGGCCUCACCUAAAAGGAAAAACAAAAAACAGGAGCGUCAGCAUUGGGCUGCGGCGAGUAUCUCUCUGCAGACAAAUUCCAAUGCACCGGCCGUCACUGCAGGUAAAAAAAAAUACAACGGAGACUUUUGGAAACUCUUCCUAAUGUUUUAA